AUGUUUAAGCAGCAACUUCGUUUGGAAUCAAAUUUAAAGAAGGUAUUGAAACACACGCCGAAAGAGUAUAUGGCAAACAUCAUACUGUAUAUUGAUACACUCGAAUACAAUUCUAUACCAGACUAUGAUCACAUCGCUGCAAAUCUUGAAGCUGCUAUGGAGGACCACUCUUCAUGUCAACUUUACCUCAUUAAUUACAAAGAACUGAAUCUUCAACAAUAUUUUAAAUGUCUUGCCAAAAAUGAAUUUGAUGUGAUUGCUCGAGCUCUUAAUCGAAAUAUUGAUGGACCACAAGCCCUCAACACGCUGGGUGUGGACUCCCGUCGCUGGAUCUACAAAGUUGACGCUGUGGUUCACCGUCUCAUGGAUGUAACCGAGGUUGGAGAGGUUGUUGUAACCGCUCCACAUAUCGGUCCGAAUCGUUCCUCCAGGAGCGACGUGCCGCUGGAUAAUACUUUCCAGAGUAGCGGCGUCGCGCCUAUCAACGAUUUCGACGAAUACCAUCUUCGUUCCGUCCUGGAUUCCACCGACCAUCCAAUCCUUGCGAACGACACGGCCUACGUUGUACUUACGGCGCACGAUGUUGGUCUCGUCCACUUGCACGAUCGUGUUCGGUCCGCCGAGCUGUCCAACGUUGUCACUGUAGUACUGGACGAGCACAUCUCGAAACCACUGGCUCCAUUGCACGAUCGUGUUCUCCUCCACCUCGAGCGUUCGAGCCAUUUCCGUGAUCGUGCCUAG